GGGAAUACAUUGCACCCGUACUAAUCUGUCUUCACCAGGGCUCUGUUACGGCGUUGCAGAUAUUUUCUACGGGCAUAGGGGGUCAGCCUUACUCUAUAGAGGUCAAGAACAGAAGAAGAUGGAAAAAAGGGGGCAGACGACACACACGCUCUUCUAUCUUUGUCUUUCUUGACUCAAAAAUACACGCACAUAUCGUUCACUCACCUUGUCAUAAUUUAACAACCAAAUUGUUUUUUCCUUUCCAAGUGACUUACGCUAUUUCCUUAAUUGACAACCGAUCGAAAAUCAUUGAAGUUUUCUUAAUCGAACGAAAAUGAAUCGAAUAAAGCAGCUGCUGAGCAAAAAAGAGACCCGUGAUUAUUUUAUGAGCACGCACUUCUGGGGCCCUGCUGCAAACUGGUUAAUCCCCAUAGCUGCUAUUGCUGACAUCAAGAGAGAUCCCAAGUUCAUCAGUGGCAAGAUGACUUUUGCUUUAUGUCUCUACUCCCUCUGCUUCAUGAGAUUUGCCAUCAAAGUGCAGCCACGCAAUUUACUGCUCUUUGGUUGUCAUUUAACAAACGAAUGUGCACAGUUAACACAACUAGUCAGGUUUUUGCAGUAUAAUAGUUCAGAAAAAAAAGAAGACAUGUAGUUCACAGGAGUGUUGGUCGUGUAUCAAGGACUUGGUUCAACUAUUGGAAAGCCCAUCGUUACCAUUUAAUACUGAUCAUUAAUGACAAUUACCUGUGCGUAUCAAACGAUUAAAACACGUAUGUUACUGAGGUACUUCUUUGAUAGAUAGUUCACUAUUAUUUAAUUAACUUAUCAAGUUUUUGAGGUGUACUGGUACAUCUUGUUUAUCUAGUGUUAGUUGUUACCUGACUUAUUGUAGAGAAAAAUAUGACUUAAGUUAGAAAAAAUUCUUGUAAAUAAAGAGUUUACUAGCAUAAAUAAUAUUUAUGAUGCACGGGACUACUGUCUUCCCUUGACACAUUGUCUGUGCUUAGAAAUAAUUUAGGUCAAUUGGUAAACUGUUUUAUGAACAAAUAACAAUGUUAAAUU